GAUUUAUAAACGCUCUUUAAAUCUCAUCGCCCUAGACAACCGUGAAUAUAGUUUACGUCGUGCUCUCCACUUUACAGCAUCACCACAUCUUUAAGCCAACAGUAUGUAAGCGGAGAAAACACCCGCUUGUGUAAUUGAUCCAGUAUUGCCAGUGUGGACUAUUAUUGACUUUGGUACUGUUUGAUUAACCAUGUCUACACAAGAGACAGAAUUACCCGACAGUCAGGAGAGGGUGGGUUUGAAGAGAAAACUGACCGGUCCCCCGAGACUUUUGCUGGGGAAGUCAAAAUCAAGGGAGAAACUUGAAGGUAAAUCUCAGAGAAGGCAAAGACAAGCUAAAAGUUGUGAUGGCACAGCAGAGAAUAAUUAUCAAGAAAAUGAUGGAAAUGAAUCCUCAUUUAUUACCCACCACAGCCCUCAAAAACCCUCAGAGGAGAAGGAAACCCAGCCAGGUGCUCCAGGAGAUGCCUCAGGAAUUCUUGUACCACUGGAGCAGAGUGAAAGCAAAAAUGAAAAUAUGGAAAGUAAAGCAAAAAUAACCAGAAGCACUUCAAAAACAUCAAUUAAAAGGGCAUUUUCCUCACUCCUCAGGUGUGGAAAGAGGAAGGAAUCGGAUAGAACAGAAAACGAGACUUUGAAUCCUUUGAAAAACAGAAACAAAACUCAACACAAUAUGUGUAACUCCAAGGAUGCAAACAAGGAAGUUCCCAAUGGGAAAAGUAAAACUAGGGCUUUCUUCUCAGUGUGGCCCCUUUCUAAGAGAUCAGAGAUCCAAGAGACCACAUCUAAUGUCAUUCUAGGAAGGGGAUGUAGAGAGCAAGACAAUAGCAUGGUUUUUCAGGAGAUAACGGCACCAAAAGGUUUGACAUUUAAAAAGAUCUACCACAUCUUUCCAAGAAGGAAGAAAGCACCAACUAUUGAUCAGUUUGAGUGUAAUGCUUCCAGUGCAUCACAAAUAGAAGUAGCCGAUCAAUCACCUGCGGCUGCUUUGGACAUUUCCAGUAUCACGAAAGAAGAGAACCAAACGGAAGAACAAGACAUAAAAGCGGAAAGUGUUCCAGAGACAUUUACAUUCAGUGCAGAAGUGAGCGUUAACAGAAACAUUGAUGCUGACCACAUGGAUGUGAAGGAAAUACAUCCUGACCAAGAUGUUAGUUUGAAUGAAGAAGAAAAGCAGGUGUUAAAAUCUAGUGUUUUGGAUUCUGAGGUUCCUCCACUGUGUUGCAGUGGCUGUAAUUUCGACUCUGAGUUUCCAGGCACAUCAUCAAUUGGUGAUCUGCUAGUCUUAAUUGAGAAGCCUAUUAAAACUUGUGUCAAAUGCAGGCCAGUGAUUACUAUAGAACAUGCAUACUCAUCAGAGGAAGAGAACAUGAAUGAGGCACCAUAUUUUGAUGGUCUUACCAUGAAUGGGUCCUGGCAACAUUUAAGAAUAAACAGCCUAACAAACAACACACUACAUCCUUCUGACGUAAAUGCGUCUCCUGAACUGGACCACAGCCGGUGUAAUGAGCCCUUACUGAUUCAGACGGCAGUUUCUAUGGUGCAAGCAGCCAUUCGUGGUGCUGUGGAGCAACUCACAAUCGAGCAGCAGCAUAAUCAGAUAAGUUUGGACCAUGUGUAAACACAUUCAUAUUCUUUAU